AUGGAGUAUAAUAAGCCAGAUGCGUUGGUUUUGACGGGUAAUUUGGCAGAAAAUUGGCGCGUUUUUCGUGAAGCGUUCGAGAUUUACAUUGAGGCGGCUGGUCUAACGUCAGCGUCUAAUAAACGUCAGGUGGCCAUUUUUCUUAACCUUGUUGGUAAAGAGGGCCUAGAGAGGUAUAACACCCUCAAAUUUGAAAACGCCGAAGACAAUAAGAAAAUUGAUCAAGUGCUUAACGCGUUUCAAGAUUAUUGCAAACCAAAAAAAAAUAUUUUACACUCCAGGUAUAUAUUUUAUAAACGGUCUCAAAAAGAAAAUGAAUCGAUUGAGAAGUUUCUGUCAGCGUGUCGUGGUUUGAUCAAAGAUUGUGAAUUUAAAUCUCAUGAAGAAAUUUUACGUGACAAAAUUGUUCUUGACACGAGAGAUGGUGAAACUCGCGACAAGUUAAUUAAACAAGCUGGUGUUACUCUUGAAACUGCAAUAGAUACCCUUCGUAUUGCUGAAAUCCAACGAAGAGAACUCAAUCAAAUGAAGGAGAUUGGUGAAAAACAGAAUGAAGUAAAUGCAGUUCAUUCAAAAGUACGUGGUGGUAAGCGAACAAUUCAAGCUCAACAUCACUACACUCAGAACAACGGUAACAAUGGACAUCGUGGUCAAUGUCAAACAAAUCAACGACAGGCAAAAGGAUAUAACCAACAGGAGGAGGCACAACAGGUUGUCAAAAAUAAAGGUAACAUUUCUGUAAAUAAUAAAAAAACGAAUAAUAAUUGUAAUCGGUCUGAUAAAUUAUGUAAAUAUUGUAAUUUUAUGCACGGUAAAGGCAAAUGCCCUGCGUAUGGUAAAAAAUGUUUAAAAUGUAACAAAUUUAAUCAUUUUCAAAAUGUUUGUAAAUCUGAGAUUUCAUUUGUUGAAAACGUUGAUGGGCUGAGUAUUAAUAAUUAUUUUUGUUCUACGGUAUAUACAAUGAAUACUUUUGCUGUUUCCUGGUCUGAGACUAUUCUCGUUGAAAAUAAAAGUAUUAAUUUUAAGCUAGAUACUGGCUCUGAUGUUAAUCUAUUGACUUUAAAUGAUUUUAACUUAAUUAAAAAUAAUUGUUCUUUUAAAAAUUUAGUAGUUAACAGACGACCGAUAAAUUUACAGGCAUAUGGCGGUAGUAAUAUUAAUACAUAUUUUACAGUUGAUUUAAAAGUAAAAUUAAGAGAAAAAGAAUAUAUUUUAAAUUUUGUAAUUGUUGAAAAUCAUUGCAAGCCGAUUUUAGGUCUACAUAGCUGUAUACAGUUAGGGCUAAUAAAUAAAGUAGAAAAUGUUGAUAAGAUAUUAAGUCUUAAUGAUGUACUUCAGAACUAUUGCACGGUUUUUACAGGUCUUGGUAACUUUCCUGACGAAUAUAGCAUACAAUUAAAGCCCAAUGCAAUACCUGUUACAAAUGUUCCACAUAGAGUUCCUAUUAAUAUCCAAGAUAAGCUGAAAUGUGAAUUAGAUCGAUUAGUCUCAGAAAAAAUAAUUAGAUAA